GGAAUUCGAAGUGAUUCAGAUUGGGGCCUACUUCCUGUCACAGUUGCACUUGUUUUCUAAGAAAAUUACCCAGUGUUGUGGAUAAGGACACGGGGAUUUUAUACUGCGUUCUUUAUAGAGGAUUGAAGUUUACCCAAAGCGACGAUCAGAGGACCAGAAGUCUCAAACUACAAACUAUUUGAGAUGUGUUGUGGUUGAAGCUAGCCAAGCAUUAUGUCUACAGGAAGAACCAAAAAACCUCGACCAAAGCUUCAAUUUGAUCCUGCCCACAAUAAGCCUCCUGCAAGUCCACUCCCUCCCAGAGAUUUGGAUUCAAAGGCCACUAUAACAAUUGAUGACAAAUCCUUUGUAUGUGAAGCUGAUGACUUAGAGGCGAUAGUUGAACUAGGACGAGGUGCCUAUGGCGUGGUGGAGAAAAUGCGACACAGACCCAGUGACACAAUUAUGGCAGUCAAGAGGAUACCAUGCACAUUAAACAGUCAGGAACAGAAGCGACUGUUGAUGGAUUUAGAUGUAGCUAUGAGAAGUGGGUCCUGUCCAUAUACAGUGCAUUUUUAUGGGGCAUUAUUCCGAGAGGGUGAUGUAUGGAUAUGUAUGGAGGUGAUGGACCUAUCUCUAGACAAAUUCUACAAGAAAGUUUUUAAUCUUGGGAGAACUAUACCCGAGGAAGUCCUAGGGAAAAUUGCAAUAUCUGUAGUGAAUGCUUUGAGCUACUUACAAGUGGAGCUAAAAGUAAUCCACAGAGAUGUAAAACCCUCAAACAUUCUCAUCAAUGCCUCUGGUGUGGUGAAGAUUUGUGAUUUUGGCAUCAGUGGCCAUCUUGUAGACUCUGUAGCCAAGACAUUAGACGCGGGCUGUAAACCAUAUAUGGCUCCUGAGCGUAUCAACCCUGGAAAGGGCCAGAAAGGUUAUGAUAUUAAAUCAGAUGUGUGGAGUUUAGGGAUUACAAUGAUUGAAAUUGCUACAGGCAAGUUUCCAUAUGCUCAGUGGGCAACCCCAUUUGAGCAACUCAAGCAGGUUGUUAAGGAUGACCCUCCAAAACUACCAGAAGGUGCCUUUUCUCCAGGAUUUGAUGAUUUUAUAGUUCAGUGUCUUCGUAAAGACCCUGCAGAGAGACCAAAUUACCAGAAAUUACUGGAGCAUCCAUUCAUUGUGGAGCAUACAGCUAAAGAGUAUGAUGCUGGGCCUUUUGUUAGUGAAAUCAUUAACAUGCCUCCUCCUCAACAACCUUACAAAUAACGGGAAUUCUGAC